AUGGCAAAUCCGAUGAUGUCUAUGAACCCUUUAUUGACAGCAUCAGGGCAGCAGAGGAUCCCUCUGGUACCCUCGUCAUUUGGACUUCCAGUUGUGGACAGAGAUGCCUUGUCUUCCACGAUAGCUUCAACUGACCCAAGGCAGUUUUGUGCUUCUUCCCAGUUUGGAUCCUCAGUUCUACCAAAUGCAAAUAUGUCACAUCUGUUAUCCGGUCACAUCUACUCAGGUUGGGGCAUUUUACCACCUGAGUCCAUAAAGGCAGUGACCAGAAGAAAUGAAAUGAUUCAGAGGCAUCAUACUGCCAGGGCAGAAAUGGAGCUGUAUGCUGUUUACCAUCAGAGGAGAAUGGAAAAAGUUAAUCCCGAGGGAAUAGCCAGCCUAAGGGGACCAUUCCUCCAUGGUUUCAGUGGCCCAGCUGGCCCAGCAGCCUACCAUGGCAGGACCCUGCUCCCAGCCCGUGACCUGCAUUUGCACAGAAGCACCAUGAGAAACCUUCAGGGAAACCCCAUGCUGGUGGCAACCAGACCACCCUUUAUAGAGAGCUGGGGGCAGAAGUAUCACCAUCUCAGAAGAGGCACAGGGAAUCAGAAACCUCUCGAAAGUGAUACAGAGAGCUCCAAAAGUCAAGCAGAAGAAGAAGUCUUAGGCCAGAUGCAUGCAAUUCCCUAUGAAGAGGAGGAGUAUGCAAAAGAACCAGAAAUUGAAAUAUGCAGCAAUCAGAAGUCAGGUGAAACCAAUGGAAAGUCAGCCACAGCACUGGACGAUCCCUGUGGAGAGCUCCAGCCCCUCCAUAGAAAACCCUGGGGAGUCCCAGCCAUUCCUCUGGAGGCAAAGGCCUGGGAUGAUGGGAAGGAGAAGCCUUCAGAGCAAGGUUUUGAAGACUAUGGUGAAAAGAAUGGGGUUUGCCCUCCAGUUUCCCACCCACCUCUGUCAGGAACACAUGCACUGGUUGCAAGAAGGGAAAAUCUUUCUUUGGAUGAAGAUAUUCAGAAAUGGAGCGUGGACGAUGUGCACACCUUCAUUAGAAGCCUUCCAGGUUGUUCAGACUAUGCCCAGGUGUUUAAAGAUCAUGCAAUUGAUGGAGAAACUUUGCCAUUACUCACAGAGGAGCAUCUUCGAGGCACCAUGGGACUGAAGCUAGGGCCAGCACUAAAAAUUCAGUCACAGGUAUCUCAGCAUGUGGGAAAUACGUUCCACAAGAAAAUUCCUUCACUUCCUACCCACACAAGACAAGCAUGUGAUCAACCAGAAGACACAUCCCCACUUUUGGAUUUUGAUUCCUGGAAUGAUACAUUGAGCACUUCUUGCUCCCAGGAUAUAAUAAUUCCUAAAAUAAUUAAUUGA